UGUGCCGUGUGCUGUACGUGCCGUGCUUGUGCUUCUCUGUGCUGUUGUGCGCGGACUUAACUCUCACUAUCUACCCGUGCAUGAGGAGGCCAUUAAAGAGUCGGAAUCUAUGUAACAAGAUGAGGGUCCUUCAGGCCCUGUUAUCAGCGGCCCUUAUCUCGACCUCCUUCUCACAUUCAAUAGAGAAACGAGAGUCCAGCGAGAAGAGGGUUGUAUGUUAUUACACCAACUGGAGCGUCUACAGGCCAGGCACCGCCAAGUACAACCCACAGAACAUCAACCCUUAUCUCUGCACCCAUCUCAUCUACGCCUUCGGCGGCCUUGACCGCGAGAAUGGCCUCAGGCCUUAUGACAAGUACCAGGACAUCGAACAGGGUGGCUACGCUAAGUUCACGGGACUCAAAUCGUACAACAAGAACCUGAAGACGAUGCUGGCUAUCGGCGGGUGGAACGAGGGAUCGGCCAGGUUCUCGCCGCUGGUGGCGGACGAGGAAAGGCGGGCCGAGUUUGUGAAGAACGUCGUCAAGUUCCUGAGAGUGAACCACUUCGACGGUCUCGAUCUGGACUGGGAAUACCCUGCGUUCCGUGACGGCGGGAAACAGCGGGAUCGGGACAACUACGCACAGCUUGUACAGGAGCUGAGGGAAGAGUUCGACCGCGAGCACGACAAGACUGGGCGCCCAAGGUUACUGCUCACGAUGGCUGUGCCGGCCGGGAUAGAGUACAUUGACAAGGGCUAUGAUGUCCCUAAACUUAACAGGUACUUGGACUUUAUGAACAUUCUAAGUUAUGACUACCACUCAGCCUUCGAGCCGGCCGUGAACCACCAUUCCCCCCUCUUUCCCUUGGAGGAGGAGAGCGAGUACAAUUUCGACGCCCAGCUCAGCAUUGAUUACACGGUGAAGCACUUCCUGAAGGCGGGUGCGGACAGGGACAAGCUGGUGCUCGGCAUCCCCACCUACGGCCGCUCCUACACUCUGUUCAACCCCGACAGCACAGACAUCGGGGCGCCAUCAGAUGGUCCAGGAGAGCAGGGGGAUGCCACGAGGGAGAAGGGCUACCUGGCUUAUUACGAGAUCUGCGACGCCCUGAAGAACGAGGAUGACUGGACUGUGGUGCAGCCCAAGCCCAGGGCCAUGGGACCUUACGCCUUCAGGAAGAACCAGUGGGUCGGAUACGAUGAUAUCGAUAUUGUCAAACAUAAGGCUCAAUAUGUGAACGACCAAGGACUCGGAGGAAUCAUGUUUUGGUCAAUUGAUAACGACGAUUUCCGGGGAAAGUGUCACGACAGGCCAUACCCACUCAUAGAAGCCGCCAAGGAAGCCUUAUAUGCCUCUUCAGCCAGCCAAAACAAUCUAGUGUCCAGCUCCAACAAGAGGGAAAAGGUGUCGAGCUUGGUGUCUAGCAGGCGGCCUAAGCCCACCAAGCCCAAGCCCAGACCUACCACCACCACCUCCACGGCAAGUCCUAGCAAGGCGGGAGGUCUUACCACUCCGGAGCCCCCUACCACUCCUGAUCCUGGCAGUGAUUUCGUGUGCAAAGACGAGGGAUUCUUCCCACAUCCGAGAGAUUGCAAGAAGUACUUCUGGUGUUUGGACAGUGGUCCCUCCAACCUGGGAAUCGUCGCCCAUCAGUUUACCUGUCCCUCGGGGCUGUUUUUCAACAAGGCUGCAGACUCUUGCGACUACACACGAAACGUGCUCUGUAACAAGAAGGAGAAAUCAACUACCGCAGCGCCCAAAGUGACCGCGGCUACCUCUAAGACCACAGCAGGCCGAGUGACCACCACUACCACCACGACCACCACCACCACUGAAGCUCCGGUAGAGGAGGAGUACGAGGAAGAGGAGGAGCAUGAACAGGAAGAUCCAGAGUCAAUCAAACAACUCAUCCAGCUCAUCAAGAAACUUGGUGGGUUGGCAGAACUGGAGAAGCAACUGGAGGGCGCGGGGGGAGCAAGCACCCCCUCCAUACCCCGCAGCCUUUAUAACAAAGUGUUGACUCCACAACGCCCUAGGUACCAGUCGCCAUUCAGGAAUGGUCCAUCAGGACCCCAGAACGAGGGUCUGAGCCAAAAAGACGAUGGCGCGGCCUACAGGAGGGAGAAGCCCCAGUACGUUACCAUCAGGAGAGAGAGGCCAUCGACGGAAGCUCCGGAAGAAGAAGUUGAAGAGCCAGAACCGGUCCGGAAGUACACCAGCGUCCAACGGCAGCGACCCAGUGCUCAGUACGAGGUCGAGGAGAAGGGCGAGGAAGAAAUUACCCCUAGAGCUGCCAUUAGGUACCAGACCAUCGAGCGAACCAGGCCGCCGAGACCGGUUCAAAAAGAGGAAGAAGAGGAGGAGGAAGAAGAAGACAGAGAGGAACGGUUCAGACCAAAGUACUCCAGCAUCCAGCGCACCCGGCCUACAACCGUGGAGCCACCGGUUGAAGUUACAAGCCCUAGGUACGUAACUUUGAGGAGGCAGCGACCCCAGGUAGAACAGCAACUAGAGGAAUCAACGAUAAAACAUACAGGGGAAACAAUCGUUAUCGAACAGGAAGAGGAAAUAAAACCGAUAGAGAUUGACAUUGAAGAGCCGAUACCGACGUCAGUUAGGCCCAAGCUAAAGGUGGGGGGUACCAAAGUGAGGGUAGGGUUCCGACGGCCAGCUACCCCCAGAUCUCGCCAACCCCUCGUCACCACCACCUCUACAGAGGCCCCAGUGCCAGAACGCCCUGUGGUUAAGUUCUACAGACGCAGGGUCAACAAGCACAGGUCUGAUGCUAGAAAUGCGACAACUCUUCAGUCUGCGGCUACCACAUCACCCAUCCCAGAUGUGUACGAGACUACGGCGAAGCAGCGACGUUUCGAGUUCCCUCGCAGGACUGUGAGACCGAGCAUCAAUUCACUGCCACAGCAAUCUGCUCUGGUCGCCACGCCAGUGCCUCUUGUGGAAAUAGAGGACAACCACUCUGAUGAGUCACUCCACGAGGUAGACACAGAGACGGUGGAGAGACAGGAGUUCUACAACAGCCAGAGUAUAGAGGACUCUACUCUUCCUGACUUGGCUAAUGUGGCUGUAGCAGCCAUACAGUCCUUGGCUACCGCACCGCCCUCAACUGAGACAGUUGCUCCAGUAAUAGUAUCAACCACCCGAAGGCAACCGUUGCGGACCACUACUCGACCCCCACCAUCCCCUCCACCACCGGUAAGGCGAGGUCCGCCCCGCCCCUUCUCCAAGGUCACCACAGCGGCUCCUAAGUCGCAGUACAUCUCCAAACACAAGCCGUACGACGAUUUGGCGCCCGAUUAUGAGGACUACUACGCGGAGCCCGUCGACAUCCCGCUCAGCGGCAAGGUUCGGAUACACAACGACGGCUACAUCGAGUGCCUUGACAUCGGCAACUUCCCGCACCCGUUCGCGUGCAAGCAGUUCAUCUCCUGCGCGAAGAUGGAGAACGGCCACCUGCUCGGCUGGGAGUACACCUGUCCGCGGGGUCUCAGCUUCGACCCGAUCGGCGGAAUCUGCAACUGGUCGGCAGGUCUUGGCUGUAAGGAAUGAGACAAUCGGAGGCAGCCUCGCGCCAACCCCUUGCUCCCGUGAAGUGUCCAAACCGACUACUCAGUGAUUCCUCCCAAAAAUUAGACUUAGUCAAUUGAGUAUCUGUAAAUUUUGAAAAAACUCCCUUAUGAAUAUGGUACUCCACAAGGUUGUGCACUGAUCCACGAGUAGACCAACUUUGCCCGAGCAAAGCAGGUUGGUGUGAGGGGGAUUGUUCCAUUGCUCAGCUCUGUACUCACCCGUGACCUGAGGGACCAGAGGACUGCAGUUUCUAGAGACUGUUGGGCGUGGGCGGAUCUUGGAGACCAAGAAAGGGGCGAUUUGCCCCGGACAGUCCUUUGAGGACAUUGUCUCUCUUUCUAACCCUAAAUUCCUACUAAAGUGGCAACAGCUUGUCAUUACUUUUGUCUUUAGGCUACCCCAAACAAAGAUCAUGACUUUUACAUGCACAAAACCCUAACCUUAUACAAAUUCUUCACAAGAAUGAUUGGAAUACUAUAGGUGGCAUAUUGUAGUCAACUUAACAAAUGUUUAAUUUACAGUGUAAAAGCUUAGGCUGAUACAAAAAGUACAGUGUUGUAGAGAGAAUCCAACUAUCUCACCAAGUGUUCCAUGAAGAUAUAAAUCUUUGCCUCAUUUUCCCAAAAUACUGCAUCGAAAAACCUUGAUCCUAAUGGUCAAGUUGUUGAUGGUAUCUUUAAUUACAUAUAAUUUCGGGUUUUUAAAAUAUUUCAGUACACUUUACUCCAAUGAUUAAGUUUCUCAUUUAUAAUAAGACACUUCAAGUGUGCUUGAGAUCAAUUUUGAUGAUUCAAUGACCUUGAUGAUUAUAUAGAAAGUAGCAUAUCAUCUGAUUUUAACUGAAGAAUAAAUAACAUUAUGCUUAACAUGAUCUCACAUCAAAUGUUAUAUGUUAAUAAUUUUGUUACUUAUCCUAAGUUUCUAUACUCAUUGGAUAACUCAAAAACAUACCCUCAAAUCAGAAUGCAUAUAAUAUUACAUUGAUUUCAACUACUUACUUAUGGCAGAUACGUGUCUAAUUCUUCAAAUAUUAUAGCUCUAAUGAAUAGUGUGCAUUCCUAAAAGAGAUAAAGUGAUGCAUUAUCACAGAUUCGCCCCUUUCUUGUAAAGUUUACGCUAUUCUCCAAAGCAAUCAUUAUUUUCCAAGAUUCGCCCACGACUAGAACACUUAUAACACCAAUCAUGUAAUUUUCUGCAAAGCACAUAAUAAGAUGUUAGAGUGCAAUAUACGAGUAGAGAUAAUAUCAUAGUGUGAAAAUGUUACGCAAAAAAGGUUAGUAGUAUUAAGGAAUAUCACAGAAGAAUGAAUUAUGAUGUAUAUAUUAUUAAAAAGUAUAGUUGUGAAAAAUAUAAUCCCCUAUAAAAAUGGUUAGUUUUUGCCCUAUAUAUAACAAAUUUAAUAAGGGUUAUCACGAGGAAACAUUUUGGUAAAACUCAUCCCUAAAAACAAUUUGGAAAAACUGGAAGAUCUGAACUUAUUACGUACCUUCAUAAUUCAGAUUCCUUAACUGAAUUAUUUUUGUAGUAAACAGUAUAAUAUACAUAGUUUUUAGGAAAGAACAUCAUUUUAAAUAAAUAUUCUCUUAAAGAAAUGUGAAAAAAAUACAUCAACUACAAUAUUCUGUGUCUCACUCUCUUCUUCUUACAAUUUAGUAAAUUCUCCUGCCUAUAUGUGUGGUUUACCUUCAUUCAAGAAGCCAACUGCUAAAAAAACGAAAACUGCCCUCUGAUAUUAUCAAUCACUAUUUCGAUCUCGAGUUAUGCCUUAUUUAACGUAGCCUACAAAUAUUAGGAUUUUAAUGCGGUAAAAAUUAAUUGAUUUCUAGUAAAAUACAAGUGUAGUACACUUUUAGAGAUUAAAGCACACUAAAUAUGGCUUAAUGCCGAAAAACGUCUCUUUAAAAUAAUAAAUGUUUUCCCAGCGUUUAGUUUACUUUUUAUACCACAGCUGUAGUAAUUCGAUUUUCAAUAAUUUGAGUGUGUGUACUUCAAGAUGAUUGUGGGGGGAAAUGUGCAAUAUUUUAAUAAACACACAAAGUAAUUAAUAACACUAAAGUAGGCCGCACGAAAGUAGUCCAAUGGUGGCUAUUGCGUUUUAACCCCCCUCUACACCGCGCACCAAACACUGUUGCCAGUUUAACGUGUAUGGAAAAUUACUGAACCGUCUCAACAUAUUUUGCAACAAAAAAACAUAAACAAGUAACAUAAACUUAAGCAAAUAUACGUACAUUUUUCAUUCAUCCUUUUUACAGACACGAAAUUCAAACAGGAAGUAACUUAUGGGAACAUAACCUGAUCACAAUGAACAUCUUAGACGUCCCAACACUGCAAUCGUAAUUAUUACAAUUUGUAAGCGUUACGUCACUGUUUAUGACUCAACAAGCACGGUUUAUUUCCGUUAAUAUUGUAUAUAGUCUGAGUUUUUAGCUGGAAUUGUCGGUACACCUUUAUAUUUUUUACGUGGACAGAUUUACCUUUGUCAACAGCUGUACUAUCUUUAUACUGAGCCAAUGUUUAACUGUUUUUUUUUUCUGAAGUUGCAAAGUUUUUACCAAAAAACUUCCCUGAAAAGUCUAACGUGAAGACCUUACUUGAACAUGAGAAGAAGAAAGCAAGGAACACUUUCCAUUUUGCGAACCUUAUCGUUGAAUUUACUAUUAUAAUUACAGUAGUGUGAAAUUGUACUUUUUUUACACAAAAGUGGUUCGUUUAGACAUUUAUUUCAAACGAAUAUAUAAUAAAACGUAAGAUUAACAAUGCAUUUAUAAGUCUAUAAUUAGAAUAAGUUACUCCUCCUUCAACAAUUUGUAAUGCUCUUUUAGUAGACAUUCUUGGCAUUAUUGUUAGACAAAUAAUGAUGUCUUUGUACUGAAAUGUAUUAACAGGCGGUAACAGUAAUUAGGCUACUACUAAAUUUGUAUUUUAUUCUUUCAAAGAAUUUAAGGUUUUACAUUGUUGGUUGCAAAAGCGGAACUGUCAAGAUAAUUAGUUAAUUUUCUAAUGUGGCAUAUAUCAAUGUGUAAUAUUUUUGUAAUUUUACCAAUGGACUCUGUGUAAAGAAAUGAGUGUUUAUAACAAAGCACCUAUACGGCCAGUUUAGGUUAUGUUCGUUUGUUUAGUAUACGAGUUAAAAUAUAAACCUCAGACAGGCUUGUUACAGAGUUGUAAAUGAAUCUUUAUUGAAUUUUAAACAUAUUUUUACAAAUUAUAUCUGGCAAAAAUUUGACAUCUUGUAAAGAAUAAUCGUGUAAAGCAGUCUAAUGGUCAUGUUAAUGUAAGUUAUGUUGAUAUUUGUUAGCAAUUGUAUAUAGUUAAUAUUAUUUUAUAAAACA